AUGGGUGCUACCUACAAACCCCAUCUUCACAUUCCUCAACUCCUCUCUGGUCCUCCCGACGAAAGAAUCACCAUCCAAUGUCUUGACGAUGCAAACGAUCCUCCUCGCGAACCCCGUCCUCCCCUCUACUCGCCUCUCCUCCUACGGCUACUCCUCGUCCGAGUAGAACCAAGGCCGGCCAACAUGCAGGCGGUCCCCAGUCUUGUUGGGACCGGCACUGUUGUCGCCGCAGCGGCUGCUGGCCUGGUCUUCGCUCAGCCCGCCGACUCGACCCCCUCUCGGCCGACAUCGAACAAGAGAAAGCUAACCUCAGACUACGAUGUCCACCACACCCUACCGACCUCUUCACGUCCCGGUACUAGUGCUACAAAUCGUGCUAUCCCCGACCAGGACGCAUUCUCUCGCCCUCAGCAGACCUCCCAGGCUCAAUCCUCCGUCACGACCAAGGGCACGCGACGAGCCCGAUCCGCUACGACACAAAUCACGCCCCCGAAAGGCACGAGUAGGCGUCAGUCUUUCGUACGGCAAGGAGAAUGGGCCCCUCCGCCCAUUGCUGAGCAUUCGCGGGACUCGAUCUCGUCGAACGGUUCCUGGAUGAGACGGUUGUCAAUACGGCCUCUGUCUCAGCACGGGAGCAUUAGGUCAAGUAUCGGGCCCGAUUCUCCUUCAAUCACCUUCUCCCACGGCUCGGGGGCCCCGAUCCUCCCUGGCUUCUCGGUUCCACCCCAGGUCUCGAGAAACAAGUUGGUCAAGCGGACAACACAAGGCCAGGAGAGCGGCAAUGACACCUUGGCGAGGCGGGGCUCUCGUUCCCAAAUGCCGACUCUGCGGCGGCCGGCGACGAGCCACCAGCGCUCUGCAACGCUGCAACGAAAUCAUGUGCCUGAGAUGGGUGCAGGACAGGUUUCGUCACCCAAGUACUCGCUUGACCAACAGGCUGGUCUGGAUUCGACCAGAAUGGAAGUGGACCCGGCAGAGGCCCGCAGAGAAGCACCACACCCCACCUGGACCUCAUUUUUCCAUUCUCGAAUUAUGAAGUCUGCCGGUCGCAACUCGUCCCGUUCUCAUGAGGGAAGCCCUAACACAUCGGCUCUGCCCCCUAGAAGACUACUGCUCCGGCGAGGAAGCAUGCCACGUGCCUUUCUUGUUGAGGCGGGCAUGCUCUCGUCCUCGGUCCCAUCUGGGGAGGUUCCGGGUACUGACGCCUCCUUGCAGGACGGCUCGGCCGAUCCGGCUGCGAACGCGGAGGAUGAAACACCAUCUAAACGUGCUAGGCGCUCGAUCUCGAUGCAUUUCAGCGCGCCAAGUACCUGGAUCUCUCGGACCGGUAGUAUUCGUCGUCCGAAGAGGGGUGCUGACGGCGAGAGCGGGGGCAAGCGUCAUGUGUCUGACCCUGUCCGGACAGCCCCAGGCCGCGAACAACAGGACCUCCGGGUGGCUGUACGAGAUAUAUUCACGCCACCAGACCAGAUCCAAAACUCGGACGCGCUAGCAGUCUCUAACUCUGAAGGACGACCCCGACCCCGCGAUACAUCCUCGCCCAUCCCCCCACUGUCCCGUCUGUCAAGUUUUAAUGUUGACUUGUCUCGGCUCGGUGCCUCCUCGUCGGCUGGUCAGCGAGCAUUCCAAUUGCAAGGAGGAACUCUGCAGCCAUCACAAACCUACGCCUUUCACCCCAGGAGCCGGGAAGUUUCUAACGAACGUGCUUCCACCCUCACUGGGUCAGAUCUCGAGAUGCGGGGUUUCGCCUCUGGAGAUGACGACGACACUGACUUCAAGAGCGACACCAUGUUCGAUUCCGUCCGCACUGCCGGUUCGAACCGCUUACGAUCAGUCGAAACGCCGCUCGAUUCCAUGUUCGACGAGUCUCCUCCAAGCACGGCGGGCAACGGCAAGACAAAGCGGCUGUCGAUCCAGGAGAUUCUGGGACGAUCCUGGGAUGGUGACACCAAGAUUAUGGAGGAGGAUGAGGGUGUCCCUACGCCUGUGCGUGGAGGGCAGUCUGCACACACCAAUCGCCAGUUCCCUCUUGUUCCACGGCUCUCGCAUGGCCCGAAUAAUGAUGUUGACAUGGAGCGCCCUUCGGCUGAUCUGUCAAUCACCAACCGGGACUUCAGUAGGUUAUCUUUGGACGACGACGACGAUGACGAUUGGGCAAGGGACGAGGAGGAUGGAGUGAGCAAUAACUUGUCGCCCCCGACGAGUUCUAUCAAUUCGAGGCGUGUGAGCCCGAAUCUACGAAUGGCACUGGCGAAUAUCAGUGGUAAUGUCGGUGCUGAUACGCUGGGCGACCCGGCUGAACGCCCACGGAGCAACGUCUUCGACUGGAGUGAGCCAUCUCAACCGGAGAAGAACGAGAUGAGUGGUCAUUCGCCAAGACCCAAGACGGUCCAUGGCAAGCAGGAGUUGGACCUGCGUGGAGGCCGCGCCUCCAAUCGGAAAGGUCCCGUUGCCGCUCACAUCAGGAGUCAGAGCGUACCGGUCAUUCCCGACAUCUCGGAGAUCCCCAAGUCGGCGUCCAAGUUUGGUACGUGGGCAUCUGGACCCAAGAAUGCCAGCGAGGACUGGGACGACGACUUUGAAUUCGAGGUGGAUUCUGGUUCAGAUGCACCAGGCAGGGACUCGGCAACCUCGUUCUCGAUGGUUGUUCCCGCUUCCAUUCAAGCCACACAGCCCACUGUCAAAGCACACUCGGGCCAGAUCCGUGAGCUCUCCCUGCUGGUUGAUGGCCUGAAACGGCUAUGCCGCCAUGGCCGGGACUUGAACCUGCUCGAAGAUGCUCCAUCCUUGUGGAAAGAGGCCGAGAAUAUCAUAGCACUUGCAUCUCCGGACGAGGACUCCGAUGCAGAAGAGACCAGGGACGAAGAUCGGAAGUCCGAUAGCUUUGAUCCCUCGACCGUUGAUGAGCGCUUCCUGGAAGAGGGGUUCGAUGCCAAGACUCUUGAUAGCUUUGAUGAUCCCUUCGAGAGACCGGACCCGGACAUGGCCAAGACGGCCGUCGUCAGGGAGAGGCAUGUGGUUCGCCGGCGAUCAGUCUUUUCUCCAGAUGAUGACAUCUUUGGCAGCAAUUGGCCACUGACGUCGGAAGAGAACAAGCCAGUCGAGCGUCCACACACACCGGACCAGCCCAGAAGGUCGAACUCGCCCGACAACGGAAUGAUCACAUCGAUCAUGGAGGCAAUGCAGCAACAGCGCUCAUCGUCGGCCCCGAUCAGGAGCUCGCCCAUGAAACCAUCCAACUCGGAGCUCUUCUUCAAUACCAACACUCUACAGGAGUUGGUCAAGCGUGCUAAUAGCCUCUUUCAUACCUUGUCCGACAUGGUCCGCCGAGCCGAAGUGCUCACGCAGAGCCCUGCCUGCACACCCCGCCACGAGAAACAUCUCCGAAGUGACGGCAGCCCCGCCUUCACUCGUGUCUUCACCGAUCCGGCCGCGAGCCCUUCGAAGCGGCUACCCAAGAGCCAGAGCACCAACUCUGCGCUCAGCAGAGCCUCGAUCGAUUCACCCGCAUCCAAUGGCAUCGGACAGCGUAUGCAGAUGAUGACGGUGAAUUAA